ACACCACGAGCUAGGCACGCCCUAGAUAGACUAGGGUAUUCCCACACGACACUUCAGAAAGCCAUAAAACGUUGCGCCACAGCCUGUCAGCCACGGGGCGUGAGCACAGCUGAUAGACAGCCUCCCCGUAAGGCUCGACGCCCGCCACACCCCAAUGCCAUGGCGUUCGAUUCACGUUCGAGACGAGUCACUAGGCCUGCGAUCAGCCGAGUCAGAACAAUUGGAUGGCUUUGCUGCCCAAAGCUCCUAGAGAACAUUGGGAUGCGACGCACGCACACCGACCAAGCCUCACCUCGGUGAGAAUGAAGCUCAUCUCUACCUUUCUGCUUUCCUUUCACGCAUCCUCACCCACAAUCACCCUGUCUUUGGAUAAUGUAGGAAUCAACAAUACCAAUGUCCGAAGGGCAUCAGACCCCCCGUCGAUCUUAGUUACUCGCCGAACAAGAUCUUCCAUUCUAGCGGCCAAGCUCAGAUUGCUCAAGAGCACGUGCAGUGUCUACACCCUCUUCACCUUGAAGCGAUCCAAUGAUGGAGAGGCGGGACUUCAGACGGACGAUGCUACGGAUGCUAAGCAAAGAGAAGGCGGCACCAGUGCUGUUUUUAGCAGCAGCCCAGUUCUUGGAGCGGUGCAACGCUUCAAGUGCCAGAUUGGAGAUGCCAUAACAAUGUGGACAUGAGAAACACAUUCUGAUGUGGUGCUGUCUCGAAUCGCAGUCUACAGACAUCGUUCUCG